AUGAUGAAUUUAUUUUUCGUCUUAAUAAUUAUAUCAGUGUUCACUUUCACACACGUGGAUACGAGACGACGACACAAAUGUGGACGAAAUGAGAUAUGGGUUGAAUGCAUGGGUUGUGAACUGAAAUGCGGCCAAAGUGAAUUUACUCCAUGCUUUCUGAUUUGUAAUCCGGCUGGUUGUUAUUGUCCACCAUAUGAUGGAUUUAGAAGAGAUGUCGCGGGAAAAUGUGUUGCUGUAUCUGAGUGUCCAAAAAUAUCAGCGGAAAAGCAUAAAAAAUUUUUGAACGUUACUUCUUAA